UUCCGCAUUAAUCUUUUCAUGGCUGUAUAAAUAAUGAUUCCCUGGCCUGCGUGAGUUUUUAAUGCGACCGUUAUCAUUAAUCACAUUUCAUUGUGAUGCGCGACUGCGCGUGAUCGCUCUUCAGUGUUUCUAAUGUCGGUGGUCAGUGAUCAAACGCAAAAUGAGACUCGCGCAUGCACUGGCGUAACUGUCAUUUGGAGGUCACUAUACUGUUGCGGUGCAUUACGCUUAAAAACAGUUUAUUCAUAUGACAUAAAAAUGUCACUUGUUCGUUGGCGUUUUUGUGCUUUUACACUGGAUGCGCAAGCAAGCGCGGUUUCAUACUGUCCGCGUAUCUGGAAUCGCGGCUCUCUGUCUUCAGCGAAUGUAACUUACGAGUGUGAGCAACGGGAUAUGGGACUUUCUAAUCUGCCAACACGGCCUUCUGCACGGGGCCUGUAACAGAUUUUUGGGGGCUCGUCCGGGAUCGACUCCUGAUGCCUACGGAAGUCGAUCCAUAAAACCUGAUCCUGAGGACCAACAGAGUGUGGAUGCAGUGAUCUAAUAGACGAGGACGUCAGAGGAGGGGUUCAGAGAGCUGGUGACUGCGCGAGUUGCUCGAGGGACUGUGGAAAAGAGAUCAUCAUGGCUGAUCGAGUACGUAAGGGCCUGGUGUGGGAAAUCAGGAAAAGGCUACUUGACCUGUCUGCCGUUGAACUGUUCCAAGUUGCCAAAAGCAUCGGUCCAAUACCAGAAAGAGACUCCCCCGAACUUGACGCGGAAGAUCAAGAGGGUUGUCUUGAACAUAUCAAUGCCUUCAUGUACAGCACUCACCUUUUAGAAUCAGAGGACAGAGGUAUGACUGAACUUUUGGUUUUACAAGAGACUGUGGAGGCUGUUGUACAACAGCAUGGUGCUGCAGAGCCUUGUCAUCGUCUUGAAGUGGCCCUUGACACUACUGAAGAUUCCGCUAGUGAUUCUAAGAUGGGACGUGUGAAAAACAAUCACAGACAGAAAAUAUCAGAUAAAUUAAAAUUUCUGGACUUCAUGAAACAGAAGAAGAGUUCAAAAUGCACCCCUGAAAUGCUAUCAGAAGUGGCCCUUGACACUACUGAAGAUUCCGCUGGUGAUUCUGAGAUGGGACGUGUGAAAAACAUGAAAAUAUCAGAUAAAUUAAAAUUUCUGGACUUCAUGAAACAGAAGAAGAGUUCAAAAUGCACCCCUGACAUGCUAUCAGACCUUGACUUCAGUGAGAACCUGGAACAGAACCGCCUGGCUGAAGCACAGCAGCAAAUAGUGGCAGCAGAGGAACGUCUCUUCGGAAAUUCAAAUGAAGCUGAAAGAGCGGAGGAAGACGAAGAGAAGUUGCAGAAAGAUUAUGACGACUUCAUUUUGUAUUUGAGGAUGAUCAUCCGUGAGUCCUUAAAUGAGGACAACCAGGAGAAACUCAAGAGUGCAUUGACUUCCAUACUUCAGGAGGAGGCACAAGACAGACGCUGGGAAAAACUAGCAGAUGAUGAACGUCCACCUUGGAGACCAACGAGGUGCAGAGAGAUCCAUGACUCACUACUCCAGACUGUUGUGGAGGAACGAAUGAAGAACGGAGAUGAAAAUGAGAAUGCAGCGGACAACCUGUCUACUACCUUAAAGAGAGAGGUGUGCCGAAUGGGCAAGCAAGUGCAAAAAGAUCUGCUCAGGGUGGUCAGAAGGUUGAGAGAAUGUUAUCCACCAGACUUUGAUAUUUGCAGAACGUAUGCCCUGCUUUACCAUCAGGCGUUCUCCACCAGACUCCAAGAGCUGGCAAGAGCUGAUAUUGAUUUUGAGGAUUGCCACUACUUAUUGAGUUGGGUUGCCAAGUUCUACCCAAGGUAAGUAGUGAUUUACAAGUGAUAUUGCUUUUGUAUCACCCGUUUCUCUUCAGUGGAAUGGAAAAAUGAAUGGCUUCCACUUUUCACAACAGAAUUUUGAUUGUACCUUUAAAUUCACACAUUAGUUAUCUACAGUUCUCAUUUGUUUCAGAUUUUACGUCUAGUGUCUUCUAAACAUUAAAG